AUGACGCACAAGCCCAUCACGGCCACCAACCUUAACCAGUGUGGGUACAACAGUAACCAGUGUGGGUACAGCAGUAACCAGUGUGGGUACAGCAGUAACCAGUGUGGGUACAACAGUAUCCAGUGUGGGUUCAACAGUAACCAGUGUGGGUACAACAGUAACCAGUGUGGGUACAACAGUAUCCAGUGUGGGUACAACAGUAACCAGUGUGGGUACAACAGUAACCAGUGUGGGUACAACAGUAACCAGUGUGGGUACAACAGUAACCAGUGUGGGUACAACAGUAACCAGUGUGGGUACAGCAGUAACCAGUGUGGGUACAACAGUAACCAGUGUGGGUACAGCAGUAACCAGUGUGGGUACAACAGUAACCAGUGUGGGUACAGCAGUAACCAGUGUGGGUACAGCAGUAACCAGUGUGGGUACAGCAGUAACCAGUGUGGGUACAGCAGUAACCAGUGUGGGUACAACAGUAACCAGUGUGGGUUCAACAGUAACCAGUGUGGGUACAACAGUAACCAGUGUGGGUACAACAGUAACCAGUGUGGGUACAGCAGUAACCAGUGUGGGUACAACAGUAACCAGUGUGGGUACAGCAGUAACCAGUGUGGGUACAGCAGUAACCAGUGUGGGUACAGCAGUAACCAGUGUGGGUACAACAGUAACCAGUGUGGGUACAGCAGUAACCAGUGUGGGUACAGCAGUAACCAGUGUGGGUACAACAGUAACCAGUGUGGGUACAGCAGUAACCAGUGCGCCACAAGAGACCUCCAACGGUCACCCUUGGAGCACAGGCGCCACAAGAGACCUCCAACGGUCACCCUUGGAGCACAGGCGCCACCAGAGACCUCCAACGGUCACCCUUGGAGCACAGGCGCCACAAGAGACCUCCAACGGUCACCCUUGGAGCACAGGCGCCACCAGAGACCUCCAACGGUCACCCUUGGAGCACAGGCGCCACAAGAGACCUCCAACGGUCACCCUUGGAGCACAGGCCACCAGAGACCUCCAACGGUCACCCUUGGAGCACAGGCGCCAACGUUGUUGUUAUAG